AUGGGCUUCACCAUCACUACCCCCAUGUUUCUCUUCAUUCUCUCCCUCCUGGCGGCGCUGGUUUCUGCAAAUUGGGAUCCCUCAACUGGCUAUCUUCACAACCACCGGCCAUCACCGGCUUGGCUGAAAAAAUUCAAACCUUCGGUGUCCACUACUGGCAUCCAAGUUUCUGAAUGCUCGAUCAAUACUCGUCUUCAUUAUCCAAAUGUCCAACUCUUUGCUUGGUUUGAAGUCAAUCACGUCUGGGACGGUAACCAUGGAUGUCCUUAUGGUACUUGCCACGCCUACGUCGUAAACCCCACGUCUGCUGAAAUGGUGCCCAGCUUCACGGAUGGACAUUCGUUCUUCUGGCAUAAUAUAGGUGGACUUCGAGGAAAUGGAGUCAAACCUAUCUCCAAUCCUAAAAAUGGAGGAUACGGUUACGAAGACAGCUUGAGCGGUAAAUUCGUCGACGGACCUGCGAAUCCCCGAUCUAAGCAGAUUGGACAUGAUUCCAACUAUCCUGGCUUCAACAAGAAUAAGCUUCAUGUGUGGACUCCAGCACAAGUUGACUCCUUCAAAGGAACAGACCAAUCUCAAAAGCAUCCCAAAUGUGGUCGUCCAUGCGAGAAUAACAAAGACCCAGGCUCAAGCAGCGGCGCAUACGGUGGGUACAAACCUGCAUCGGGAAGUGCCUACAAGCCACCCAAAGGAUGGCAGCCCGGUAAGGGAGAUGCCUGCUUUAAAAACGGAAACCAAUCCACACCAAAAUCAGAAGAGAGCAACCAGAGGCAAUCUAGUCCAACAACCAAUGCAAACAAACCAAAGGGCAAUAACUCAAAGUCAUCCUCCGCUCCGAAACAUCGGAAGAGAGCAUUGCGCAAUAUAGGUAUUUAA